AUGAACCUGAAAACUCGGCCGAAAUUGGUCGAAAAGAACCGGUCGGACAAGGAGAAAGAAGCUCUAAAGCAAGACUAUUACAAAAGCGUCCGAACAAACGUUGUCCUGCUCUGGACGCUCGCCAACGGUAUCGUGGUCGCUUGCAUAUUGGAUGGCGAUGUGAGAAGCUCCUUUGCUUUGGGAAAAGCCAGCUUGAAGGUCCGGCUAUACAUGAUCAUCAUUCUUGGCUUUGUAGCCUUCAUGGCGCUGAUCCGUCUCGGCGGAUCAACAAUCUACCUCGGCAUCCGGCUGAGAACUGGCCAAGGAAUAAGCAGUGUACGAAGCAUUGAACAGGGUGUAUAUUUAUCAACAACCGUCCCUCCAUCAACACACAGCAACUCCCAUCAAGAAUCCUCGAAAACGCUCGAAAGCCGGUCGACAGAGAUGUCAUCGGUUCCGACUACAAAGAUCCUGUGGGUCACUUUUGGUCUCAUGACCAUCUCCACCGCCGUCCAAUGGGUCCUCACCACACGUCAACAACCCAACACAAAAUUGCUUCACCACAUCAGCUUGACGCUCAGUACGUUAACCCUGGUAACCUAUUAUUUUAUCUUGACCGAUAUCAACGUCACGGGAAGCUCGAUAUGGAUAAGAGAUCUGCAUUGGAUCUUGACGUUUCCGCUCGUACUCGUAGAACUGGGGCUGAUUUCAGGAGUUUCAAUACAAGAUCUGGUGAUCAUGGCUUUAAAUGCUAUUGGAAUGUGUGUGACAGGCUUCCUGGGUACUAUACAACGGUCUAAUAGAUUGAGAUGGCCAUUGGUUCUAAUGGCUUGGAUAUUUUGGCUAAGUAUUGUACGCGAAAUUCUGACAAGUGGAAGGAGGUCUUCCGCUCACAACUCAGCUCGAGUCGCCGCAUUCUUCAACUAUUUGGCUGUUUAUAUCGUGGUACUGGGCUCCUUCUAUCCCAUUAUAUGGAGUGUGCCCGUGGAUCCAUUCCUGGAGAUCGCUUUGUUUUCGAUUUUAGAUAUGUUGACCAGACCAAUUUUUGCAACGUGGGUCCUGAUCGGAGUGAGCAUCAUACCCGAAUCGAAUGUGGUUGGAGCUAAUCGCUAUAUCGAGGCAAGGAUAUGGAACAGCAUUGGUGGGAAUAUCGAGGAACAAGCACAACCGCAUCCACCAGAAUCAUGA